CCUGCGCAUACUCCCUCGCCGGCGAGCUACUUUCGGACGAGGAAAGUGAGGGCGGCCCUGGGUGACAGCGCCGCGGGACUAGUCCUGGGGAAGCCGCGCGUCCGCUCGCGUCUUGUCCGCCGCGCUCCCAGCCAGGGGUACAGCCCGGACCGAGGAUGGCUUCGACUACAACCUGUACCAGGUUCACGGACGAGUAUCAGCUUUUCGAGGAGCUCGGAAAGGGGGCAUUCUCAGUGGUGAGAAGAUGUAUGAAAAUCCCUACUGGACAAGAAUAUGCUGCCAAAAUUAUCAACACCAAAAAGCUUUCUGCUAGGGAUCAUCAGAAACUGGAAAGGGAAGCUAGAAUCUGCCGUCUUUUGAAGCACCCCAAUAUUGUGCGACUUCACGACAGCAUAUCGGAAGAGGGCUUCCAUUACUUGGUGUUUGAUUUAGUUACUGGAGGUGAACUGUUUGAAGACAUAGUGGCGAGAGAAUAUUACAGUGAAGCCGACGCCAGUCAUUGUAUACAGCAGAUUCUAGAAAGUGUAAAUCAUUGUCACCUAAAUGGCAUAGUUCACAGGGACCUGAAGCCUGAGAAUUUGCUUUUAGCUAGCAAAUCCAAGGGAGCAGCUGUGAAACUGGCAGACUUUGGCUUAGCCAUAGAAGUUCAAGGAGACCAGCAGGCGUGGUUUGGUUUUGCUGGCACACCUGGAUAUCUUUCUCCAGAAGUUUUACGCAAAGAUCCGUAUGGAAAGCCAGUGGAUAUGUGGGCGUGUGGGGUCAUUCUCUACAUUCUACUGGUUGGAUAUCCACCCUUCUGGGAUGAAGACCAGCACCGACUCUAUCAGCAGAUCAAGGCUGGAGCUUAUGAUUUUCCAUCACCAGAGUGGGACACAGUGACUCCUGAAGCCAAAGACCUCAUCAAUAAAAUGCUUACUAUCAACCCUGCCAAGCGUAUCACAGCCUCGGAGGCACUGAAACACCCAUGGAUCUGUCAACGUUCUACUGUUGCUUCCAUGAUGCACAGACAGGAGACUGUUGACUGCUUGAAGAAAUUCAAUGCCAGAAGAAAACUGAAGGGUGCCAUCUUGACAACCAUGCUGGCCACCAGGAACUUUUCAGCAGCCAAGAGUUUGUUGAAGAAACCAGAUGGAGUAAAGAAAAGGAAGUCCAGUUCGAGUGUUCAGAUGAUGAUAAACAACAAAGCCAACGUGGUAACCAGCCCCAAAGAAAAUAUUCCUACCCCGGCGCUGGAGCCCCAAACUACUGUAAUCCACAACCCUGAUGGAAACAAGGAGUCAACUGAGAGUUCAAAUACAACAAUUGAGGAUGAAGAUGUGAAAGCACGAAAGCAAGAGAUUAUCAAAGUUACUGAACAACUCAUCGAAGCUAUCAACAGUGGGGACUUUGAAGCUUACACGAAAAUCUGUGACCCAGGCCUUACUGCUUUUGAACCUGAAGCUUUGGGUAAUUUAGUGGAAGGGAUGGACUUUCAUCGAUUCUACUUUGAGAAUGCUUUGUCCAAAAACAAUAAACCAAUCCACACUAUUAUCCUGAACCCCCACGUACAUCUGGUAGGCGAUGACGCUGCCUGCAUAGCAUACAUUAGGCUCACGCAGUACAUGGAUGGCAGCGGAAUGCCAAAAACAACGCAGUCAGAAGAGACACGCGUGUGGCACCGCCGGGAUGGAAAGUGGCAGAAUGUUCAUUUUCAUCGCUCGGGGUCGCGAACAGUACCCAUCAAGUAAAUAUUUCCAGGCUGUCAGCUUCUUUGUUAAUAUACCCCUGCUAAGUAUCAACAGUGCCACUUCUGCAUUCUCUGUUCUCACCUGGAUGGUAACCCUGGGCCGUCCUCUCCUCCUCUUCAUGCAUGUUUCUGAGUGCAUGAAGUUGUGAAGGUCCUACGUGUAAUGCAUAUGUGAUGCAUCAUCUUGUCAUAUAUUCCUUCCUAUACAUUGUUUACACUUCAACUAUGGAGAUGUUCCAUGCAAACUUCAAUCACUGUUGGCAAACAAUAGGGGGAGGUCAGACAAAAAAAAUUCCACAAUACUCCAAGUACAAACCUAUUCAUCCAGUUUCUCUGCUUAUGCCAAGACUUAACAGACUUCAAAAUUAUCGUUCUUUGAAUGACAGUUUGUAACAGAAAUGUAAGUUUUUAAAAACUCUUUGCUGUUCAUCUGUUUUAGCUUUUUUGUUUAACAAGAAAAGGCAAAAAAAAUUACCUUCAGUUUCCUGGUGUGAUCCUGAUUGAAAUGGAUGAUUUUUCACUGAAAGCUGUGUUGCUGUUUAACAAUUAAAUGGGUUGAUAUGUGGGCAGAAUCACUUAUGAAUGUGGAAGCGAGAAUCGGUGGGUUUGCUACUACCUAAAGUCAUGUCUUUUUUGGUCAAA